GCGCCGUGGACCGUGGCAAUUCAGCGCUCUUGUUCAAGCUAUGACGGACUUCUUUGUCGCUGCGGGCAUUUUGCUUGCCCUCGCGCUUUUGUUGGGCUUUCUGUGGGUGGAUUUUCGCCGUGUGGGCCAACAUCUUCGGAUCUUGGGCAAGAACACAGAGCCCAAUGUGAAGAGGUGGAUUCACAAUCAACUUCCAUAUGUGCACAUCGACGGCGACUUGACAUGUCCAAUUUGCUUGGACCAACUCCACCUUCAUGAGCAAGUUAAGCAGCUGCCAUGCCAACACUGUUAUCACGAAGAAUGCUUGAUGGAGUGGGGAUGCCGCUGGAGUGGCUCCGGCUCUCCAACACUCUCUUGUCCUCUUUGCAGGGUAAACCACAUGGUUUGUGUCCCUCCACUUUGAAGGAGAGGGUGGAGAAUGUGAGCCGGUCGAAUGGUCCAAUGAACCACGACCAAGAGCAGUCUGUGAUGCAAAAUGUUUAAGUCUAAGUGAACUGCUGACAGCUGAGCGCAGGCUCGCUUGCUUUCAGAAUUUCACAAACAUCUUCACAUAUAGAUGGGUGUGUGUGUUUCACCCAUCACUUAGGAUCUGUUUUUUGACAGUCCUUCAUCAUGCCAGUGUUAUCAUAAUUUGUGCGCUGGUGGUUUACAUUUUCUGAAGCAGGUAGACUGGUAGACUCGAUUGCAUGGACCUUCUGCCCAAACUGAAUGGCUUGCUUUUUGAGCAGUGCUUGGGACCGGGUGGAGCAUAUAUCUUGCCAUAUCUUGCCUGUGCAUCCGAGUCUGCCAUCUCGAGCAUCGAGCGUUUGCUCUUGCAAGAUGUCAACCUUG